UCUUUCAUCUCUUUUCUCAUGACGAGACAAGUCUCGACUCGCUCUGUAGUCUCUUGGUCGGUUUCAUUCUUCCUCCCCAGGGGGUGGACCUUUCCUAUUUUGCAAGUGCGGUGCGUGCGACUGCGUCGAGUUUCAUCUUUCAUCACUUUUAUCACUUUUAUGUGCAGACUCUGUGCCGAUACUGCCGAUUCGAACGCCCAGACAGGUCGGAACUUGCAAGCGACAAGCGUCAGUCGCCCCAUGAACCGCGCAAACUGCUGUUGCCGUGCGAAUUUGUCUAGUUGAACCGACAAAAUCUGGUUCUUGACGCAAAAAUUAGAAUUUGCUAGAAAUUCAAAAACCGUAAACGACCACAGCACGACGAUGAAGCCCUGGGAAAUUGGCAUGCUAAGCAAAAAGCAGAAGAAGGCCAAGAGGAAAGUCCAAAAGAAUGGAUUCUACUACUACAUGCUGGAUUACAACAUCAGGCAUCUUGGUGGAAAGUUAAAUGACUUUCAGAAACUGCAGGAACUUGCAGGACCCUCAUGGAAGGCUAUGGAUCCUGAAGCUAGGUCGCCUUUUGAAAUUAAGGCCAACAAGGCGAGAAACAACUGCAGCGACGAGGCAAGGGGCAAUUUGGGCACUAGUGGAUCGCUCGUGGAGAUCCAAGAGCAACAGAAGUUGAAAUCAAAGUUGAUGCAAGAAGCCAUUGAAGACAUUGAGCAAACAAUUGAUGCUCUGGAUGCUGAAACAACUUUGCAGACAAAAGAAUUUUUCAUCUGUCAUGCCAAUUCUCAUGUCCGUACACUGAAGGAUGGAGUUGUGGUGCCCUGUGAAGUGGCAAUUUGCAAGUACACCAUCAAAGACGGUGUCAUUGAUACUUACGAGAAGAUUUUGAACAUCAGACCCAUUCCUCGUGGAUAUGCUGCUGACGCAAUGCAAAACUCUGAAGCGACACACAAAAUUCCAACACCAGCCGAGGGCCUUGGAGAGACAAAUGCUGAGUUAGUGUUUAGGGAAAUCCUGAAGUUCAUGCUGCCUGAUAUGCCCAUUGAUACCCUCAAUUUAAAAGAAUUGCACAAGCUCCCUGUGCCUCCCAUGUACACUGUGAAAAGUGUUGCUGAGCUUACUUUCGAAUGCUUCCGUGCCAUCAUGUGCUGCUGUUUUCCACCAACAACCCCUAGUGGAGAGCCAUAUUUAGACAUGCCAAUAAUUUCUGUCUACCCCAUUGAAGUGCUCCUGAUGAACAUUCUGAAACUGACUGUGAAAAGUGUUCGGAUUGGAAAUGUUGAUGUGCCCGAAGAGGCUGAAGCCGUUUGCUUCUCAGAAAAUGACUCGCUCAUUUAUGCUAAAUUUCACAAUGACCCAUACUCCCAUGCACCAGAAAUUGCAUGCAAGUUUCAUGCAGAAGUGGAUUGCCUUGAUCAUUGCAGUCGGUCAUGGGUCAUUCGUAUGACGUACACAAUCUCCGACUAUUGCUGCAACCUUUUGGGAGUUAAGCGCCGUGUGUGGCGUCACUUUCCUGUGAACCGCUCCAUCACUUACAGGACAAAUAUGCCAGUCUUCUUGUCAAAGAGACCCCAAGUAACUGAGAUUAGAACAGAUGCAUCCAUAAGCUCUGAAGAACAGUUGGACAAUUUUGAGAUUCCCAUUGAACCUAUCAUUGUUAGACAUGGGCUUCCAGUGGCCCUGCAGCCACCUAAUGAUCAUGCUGAUCACAACUGGAACCCCACUGCGGGCAGGGUUGAAGAGGAGGAGCUGCCACUGCCCAUUAUCCAGCACCCUCUGCGUGAUCGUCUUGAAAAGCCAAUGAAGACAACAUUUCUUCAACCAGCAGCAUCAGUUCCUCCAACAAUGACCAGCAUUUUGAGCAGCAGUGAUGAUGACGAUGAUGCAAGUGUGCACAGCUAUGAUUCAGUUUCCACUCUAAAAUCUUUGAACACUUCUAAAGAUUUCUUCAAUUAUUGGGCUAAAAGUAGCCAAGCUAAGAAUGCCCAAUCACGUCCAACAAUAAAGCCAGCCGACAAGGAGCCUGUCCUUGAGAAGUGCUAUGGCAGGGGCCAAUAUCUUGCUGCAAAGUUCAACAUGGAGUCUACCCCUGAAGUUGGGUAUCUACGCUCUCGAUCCGCGCAAGCACAUGAUGAAGUUGACCGUGAGUCAGUGCAUUCACAUGCAGACUCGUUUGUGAGCACUCCUUUGGAGCGUUACAGGAAGCCAACUGAAGCCAAAAGUUACACACCCAACUUGCAGCAAUCUACUGCUGAACUUCUAAGCCAGUCGUCUCCUCUACUGCAGCAAAAUUCUACUCCCAAAACUGUUGACCACUUGAUUAGCCCAAACUAUUUUGCUGAUGAAUCUCCAAUUCCUCUGGAACCUUCUUCCGUGCAAUCUGAAAUGUGUGGACAAGGUGCAAUCAAACGAACAACUCCAGUAGUUGCUGCUGUUGAGCAGGUUGCUGGAGGUGUUGGUUAUACUGCUGAUUAUCAACUGCAGCAGAAUACUUCUGGUGCUAUGUUUGGCAUGAACCCAUUUGCUUUACCUAUGCCACAUUACUCCAGCCCAAUUGGCACACCUCAACCAUUGAUGGCUGGAAUCAGUUACUAUCCAUACACAAAUAUGAUCCACCCUGCUGCCAUGAUGCCUCACCUGAUGCCACCCUUCAACCCCUAUACAGGAGGCCAGAGUGUGUAUGGCCAAGAUCAAGGUAAUUUCUUCAACCACCUUGUGGCCAAUGGGUAUCCCCUGCAGGGUAUGGGAGUAUUCCCUGGGCUCCUGCCAAGUCCAGCAAUUCCUUCUCCUGCCACAAAUGCUGAAGAGCGCCGCAGCAAAAGGCGUCGAACUAAUAGUGGCCAGCCACAGUCCGAAGCUGCACCAAGUGCUGCUUCACUCCAGGCUGGACUGGGGCUCUGCGGCCCACAGGGCAAUAUCAUUGAGGUAGCGCGGCCCAGUUCAGCCAAUAAAUUGGGCCGCGCCCCAUCAAGGUCGGGCCCGACUGCCAGAGUGCCCAGUCCGGGCCUGACUUCACCCCCUGAGAAAGAAGACGCUGACAUUAAGCCCGCUGUUCGCCUACAAGCUCAAAUGGCACCAAUUCCUAUUAGAGAAAUGAAAAUCAAGUUGGAGCGGAUCCCUAUUGAGAAUUUCAAGAAAGAACCCCAGGAAAUUCGAGAUGUUGAAGAGGUUAAAGUGAAGUCUGAGCCUCCACAGGUUGAAGAGCUUGAGAUGGUGCACAGCGUCACCAUGCAUAUCUGAGAAAUGUGACUAAAAUCUAAACAUAUGUAUAGCAUAUAUGGGGAAGAGCCAGCAGAGCACAAAAUUUUCUGUUAAUUAGAAAAAUCAAUCAUAAUAUUACAUUAUUUUCAUUGUAAUUUAGUCAGUGGUAUGUUCGCAGGGAAAAAAAUCUUGGCUUCCCAUGGAGUCCUUGCUGGAUUGGAAAAAAAUUUGAAAGACAUAAAAUUCUGAGAUGUUGUGAAGAAACAGUUCUGUCUGUGCCUAAAUAAAAAAUUUCAAAAGAGGCUAAUUCUUUUAGGGACCCA